CAAUAAUAUUAAUAUCGAUAACUGCCUGAAACAGUCGGUAAUGCAUUUUGAACGAAAGCGGAUAACAUGCACCCUCGAAUCACGACCCUGGAACAAAAUGCAUCCUGUCACAACAUAAUUAAAGCUUAUGGCAAGUAACGAGAAGAAAAUCAUAAAAGCAGGAUGUUUCCGUAAUUAUUAUAAACAGUUAAUGCUCUUAUUAGACUGGUUUUGAGCGCGUAACGAUUACGGUUAACCUCACUUUUUUCGAAUGACAUUGUUGACAGUGACAGAUAGGGUUAACAAAGAAUAGCAAAGAGACUACGAAAAACAACAAAAAUAAUAAUAAAUAACAAUGAAAUAAGCAAAAUUAUUUUUAAUGAAAAAGAAAGAAAAUAAGAUGAAAUAUGUAAUGUUUAAAAAUAAAAGAAAAUAUCGGGAGGAUGUUAUAUAAAAUGCGUAAUCGUGUGUGACCAUGAAUGAGAAGAAGAAAUUAAAGCGCGCACGAGAUACAUCUCGGGAAUGUUAAGCGGUUUUCCUACGCCGAAAUUUCUACGCGGGAUGGAAAAGAUAUGCCUCUUUGUGAAGCCGAACGUCCUCUUCAUGGAUAGUAGCUUAUGCUUCCGAAAACUGUGGGAGUAAGAGUAGUACAAACUAAUAAAGAAAGAGAACGAGAAAGAGAGAGGAAGAAUCAACCCACCCGGUCUUUCGGUCCUCUUUCUUCAAAGCAUUUAACUCGAUUCUCUUAGUAAAAGGCAGCAAUCGAAAUUGUGGGCUCGAGAAGUCGUGGUGCAUCGUUCAAGUUGUGUUGUCAAGAUCGAAAAGUGACCAUUACCUAAAAAGGGCCUAACAAGUAGAAUCGACGAUUUUAAUCGCGAUUUUACAUUGAUCUGUCAUUUUAAAAAUGCAAAUCAAACGAAUCGGAUGGUGUUUGAUCUUGAGCAUUUUUUUUACAUACCACGUGGUCAGCGAGAACACGGACUCCUUGGAAUCUAAUGAUGUUCUCAUUUUCACUGUUGCUACAAACGAGACUGAUGGUUUCAAGAGAUAUAUCCGGUCUACGGAGGUUUACGGAUUCCGUGACUACGUGAGGGUUCUUGGUUUAGGAAAAGAAUGGAGAGGGGGUAAUGUUAAAACCAGUCGAGGCGGUGGAUACAAAAUAAAUCUUUUGAAAGAUGCGCUAAAAAAUUAUCAAAAUGAUAGGGACAGAAUUAUCAUCUUUACGGACAGUUACGACGUUAUAUUCCUGGCUCAAAUUUCCGAAAUUGUUGAGAAAUUUAAGGAAACCGAAGCACGAAUAUUAUUCUCAGCGGAAGGUUUCUGUUGGCCUGAUCAGAAUUUAGCUUCUAAAUAUCCACAAGUUACUGGGGGGAAACGUUAUUUAAACUCUGGUGGUUUUAUGGGCUACGCCUCCGACGUAUUUGCCAUUUUAAACAUUGCCACACUCGAGGAUCAUGAAGACGAUCAAUUGUUUUACACGAAUAUUUACCUUGACGAAGAUUUGAGAGAAAAACAUAAGAUUAAACUUGAUCAUAAGUCCGAAAUAUUUCAAAAUCUUUAUGGUGCUGUAGCCGACGUCGAAUUGAUAUUCAAGGGACAAGAGGCUUAUCUUCAAAAUACAGUGUACAAUACAAUACCUUUGAUAGUACACGGUAAUGGUUACAGUAAGCUAGCUCUUAACUCCUUAGGAAAUUAUUUGGCACGUGCCUGGAGUCCUGAAGAAGGAUGUUUAAAUUGUUGGGACAAUGUCAUUGAAUUGGAUAUUACCAAACCUGAUAAAUUUCCUAUUAUUUUGAUUGCAUUGUUCAUAAAUAUACCAGUACCAUUUUUAGAAGAAUUUUUACUAUCCGUUUAUCGACAGACCUAUCCAAAAUCUAAAUUACAUCUUUUCAUUUACAACGAUGUUUCAUAUCAUGAGCAGACUGUACAAGAAUUCGUCGAUACUAUUGGACAUGAAUAUUUGGCUGUUAAACAAAUUUUACCAAACAACGAUAUAGAUGAAGUUCAAGCAAGAAAUUUGGCAAUGGAUUAUUGUUUGUUGAAAAACUGUGAAGGAUACUUUUCAAUCGACGCUAUUGCCCAUCUUGAUAAUGAACAUACUUUGAAAUUAUUGGUUGAACAACAGAGAAACAUCGUUGCUCCUUUACUUGUAAGACCAUAUAAAGCAUGGAGUAAUUUUUGGGGAGCCAUCACAGACGAUGGAUUUUAUGCACGGAGCUUUGACUAUAUGGAAAUUGUCAAGAAUGAACGCAGGGGUUUGUGGAAUGUACCAUUCAUUAGUAAUUGUUAUUUGAUCAAUGCUACACUUAUAAAGAACAAAAUAACACGUCCCUCUUAUUCAAUUGACGAUUUGGACCCAGAUAUGUCUUUUGCAUAUGUUAAUAGAGAACGUUACAUUCAUAUGUAUGUUAGUAACAGAUUAGAUUUUGGACAUUUGGUUGAUCCAGAUACCUACAAUAUUAAAUUAACACAUCCGGAUUUCUAUCAAAUAUUAGAUAAUAAAUACGAUUGGGAGAAAAGAUACAUUCACGAAAACUAUACUCUAAACUUUGAUCCGAAUCAUAAACCUCUACAGCCGUGUCCAGAUGUUUAUUGGUUUCCUAUUGCCAAUCGACGAUUUAUUAAAGAAAUGGUCAAUAUCGUAGAAACUUAUGGUCAUUGGUCUGACGGUACAAAUCAUGAUCCAAGAUUAUCAGGUGGUUACGAGAAUGUACCAACUCGUGAUAUUCACAUGAAUCAAAUUAAUUUUGAAAAGCAAUGGUUAUAUUUCUUAAAAGAAUAUGUUAGACCUCUACAAGAGCUAGUAUUCACGGGAUACUACCAUGACCCACCGCGCGCCCUUAUGAAUUUCGUUGUUCGAUAUCGACCAGACGAACAACCGUCAUUAAGGCCGCAUCACGAUAGUUCAACGUACACAAUUAAUAUUGCUCUUAACGAAGUUGGGAUUGACUAUGAAGGUGGUGGAUGUAGAUUUAUCCGAUAUAAUUGUUCGGUCACCAGUACGAAACCUGGUUGGAUGUUGAUGCAUCCUGGAAGACUGACGCACUUUCAUGAAGGAUUGAAAGUAACCAAGGGUACUCGUUAUAUAAUGAUUUCUUUUGUUGAUCCAUGACAAGUUUUAAAUAAAGAAACUAUAAGUUUCAUUCACAUUUUAUAAAUCUCACGAAAGAAUUAUAUAUCGUGUGAUUAUAUCAAUUAAAUGUGUUCUUUUAACUUUAGAUUGAUAAUAUAAUUGCGAUACAAGAUCA